AUGGGACAGACGACGAAAAUAGAUCGUUAUAUCUUUGAUGGCGCAGACAGAAACGUUCAUCGUCAAGCUCGUAUAAAAGCUUUUCUAAGAAACCCUCUGACAGUAUCUGCCAACAGCCGAUAUGAACAAGUUCCUCGUGUUUUUGUACCGCUAUCAUACCGUGGAGAUGUUUGCGACAAGGUAUGCAGCAAGCGUGAUGGUUGGGAACGUUGUGAAAAGGAAAAGAAGCGAGGUGAUUGGGAGGUAACAUGCACUGAUACCAGAGGAGGACGAGGAGAAAAAGGACCAAAGCGUGGCGGUCGUGAUUAA